ACUGGGACCAAAGUACCUCCCAUUACGUCUGGUUAAAGUAUAAUUAUUGCCUUGUGUUUGAACUGAAACGCUUCAGCGAUAAUUAGCAAAUAUGUGAAAUUCCUGAUGUGUUGUUUUCAUUUUUAUUUUAGGUGCAAAACAGUAUUUGCCCCCUUAACGUUUUUCGUAACACUUUAUUUAGUUGACUAAUUUUAAUACCACACGAAGACAACCAGAGGAAAUACAAAACGUAGUUUUAAAAUUAUGAUUUUUAUUUCUGCAGUGCAAACCCGCCUGGCCCAAAAAACCUGCUACCAGUACUGGCAACAACUGCGUCAAAUGUUUGCGCUGUAGGGGAAUAUUGAUACACUUGUUUUGUAUAAUUGUUUUUAAGUAUUAAUUGUUUAAGGGCAUGCCACAACAUCUAAAUCAGACUUAAGUCUGGACUUUGACUAGGACACUCCAAAACCUUCUCUUUUUUUAGCCAAGUAAUAGUCGGAUAUUGUUCAGGAUUAUUUGCUAGAAAGCAGAAGUCCUGAUUCCAUCAAUUAAAGCAGCCCCAGAUCAUCAUAUUUCCACCAUAAUAUUUAACUUUUAGGUAUGAUGUUUUUCUCUGAAAUGCUUUGUUAGUUUUUACAUCAGAUAUAAUUGGAUGCACACCUUCCAACAAGUUACACUUUUGUCUUCUAACUCCACAGAAUAAUUUCCCAAUAAGUCUUGGGUAUUGUUUCGCGAAUGUGAGAGUUUUGUUUUUUUUAGUCUGCAGUGGUUUUCCUUUGAAACACCACCACUCUUGAAUGCCAUUUUUACCCACUCUGUUUCUUGUUGGUAAAUCAGUGUUAUCACCCUGAUCCUAACUGAGGCGAGUGAGGGCUGCUGUGCUUUAGAUGUUGUUCAGGGUUCUUUUGGAUAAGCUGUGAAGGUGCUCUUUGAGGAAUUUUUGUUAGACUGGCCACACUUGUUCCAUGUCUUCUCUAUAUGUGGAUAAUGGCUGUCACUGCAGUUCAUUUGAAUGCAAUGUCAUAACCUCAGUUAUGGGUUUGUAACCCUUUCCAGACUGAUAGAUGAAUGGAGAAUUCAGAUAUCGGUCUGUCAUCAAGGUCUCUUCCACCUCCAGACCCGGGCAUGUUGAGACCCUCAGGCUGUCCUGAUCAGCAAUCGGGCUCAGCCAGGUCCUCAAAGCGCAGGGAGCAACUGUCCAGGUCACCUAGGAAACGGAGGGAGGGGAAGAGGUCACAGCGGCGGGGAGAUGAUCAUGAACAGCGGCUGUGGGAGAUGGAGCGCCGGAGGUUGCCAGGCCAACACGAACACUUGGAACCUGCCGGUUCAUCGUGUGAUGCAGUGGAAAGCUCUCCUAAGAGGAGAGCUCACUUUCUACAUGGACCGUAUCCAGCCACUCACUUUGGACCCAAAGCCUGCAUUCUCCCCAACCCAACUUCAGUCAUGCACAUCCAGGACCCGGCUAGUCAGAGGCUCACCUGGAAUAAAGCUCCCGUCAAUGUGCUCGUCAUCAGGAAAAUCAGAGAUGAGAGCCUGGUCGAGCCUUUCAAAGAGCUCUGCAGGUUUCUAGUAGAGGAGAAGCAGAUGAUGGUGUAUGUGGAGCGCAGGGUAGCAGAUGACGCCACGCUGUCAAAGGACGAGGCCUUCGGCUCCAUCCGCAAUCAGCUCUGCACCUUCAGAGAGGGUUAUGAUGACAUCUCUGACUGCAUAGACCUGAUCAUUUGUCUGGGUGGCGACGGGACGUUGCUUUACGCCUCUUCCCUCUUUCAGGGCAGCGUCCCACCAGUUAUGGCGUUCCACCUCGGCUCUCUGGGUUUUCUGACCCCCUUCAAGUUUGAGUCGUACAGGACAGAAGUGGCCAAAGUGUUAGAAGGGAACGCAGCCAUCACUCUCCGCAGCCGUCUGAAGGUGAAGGUGGUGAAGGAUAUGCUUCAGAGGGCGGGACAGCAGCCGGAGAACAGAGAACCACAGCUGGAGCACAAUGGACUCCUUCCUCAUGGACACACCAACAGUGAGGAUGGGAAAGUUACCCUGCAGCUACAGGUGUUAAAUGAAGUGGUGGUAGAUCGUGGUCCAUCCUCCUAUCUGUCUAAUGUGGACUUGUACCUCGAUGGACGGCUUAUUACUUCAGUGCAGGGAGACGGGGUGAUUGUGUCCACGCCCACUGGGAGCACAGCGUACGCAGCUGCAGCAGGAGCCUCAAUGAUCCACCCUAAUGUCCCCGCCAUCAUGGUCACGCCCAUCUGUCCUCACUCCCUGUCCUUUAGGCCCAUCGUGGUCCCUGCUGGAGUGGAACUCAUGAUCACUCUAUCUCCUGAUGCAAGGAACAAUGUCUGGGUGUCGUUUGAUGGUAGGAGGAGACAGGAGAUCCAGCACGGAGAUUGCAUCAAGAUCACCACGUCUUGUUACCCCGUGCCGUCCAUCUGCUGCCAUGACCUGGUGUACGACUGGUUCGAAAGUCUGGCCCAGUGUUUGCACUGGAACGUUCGCAAGAGGCAGGCCCGACUCGCAGACGUCUCAGACUCAUCAGACACAGAGAACUAAAGGAACACUGCUGAGGGGAUCAGGUUUGCUCAGAGACGAGCUCGGAAAGCGCCAGACUGUGAUAGAGAAGUGUUAUUAUAUGGGCUAUUGUAGGUAUUUUACUCCUGAGUCAGAUCAUCAUUACCAUUUUGUGCAUACAUAUGCCAUUUUUGUCUAGUUUUUUGAGAAAGCAUGCAGACAUGAAAAAAUUAGAUGAUCACAUAACACAAUAAGAGCAUCAGUGGGUACAUAACACUCCUUAUACAGGUCCUUCUCAAAAUAUUAGCAUAUUGUGAUAAAGUUCAUUAUUUUCCAUAAUAUCAUGAUGAAAAUUUAACAUUCAUAUAUUUUAAAUUCAUUGCACACU